GCAUUUGAUCUCAUUUUUCCUGGUAAUCCUCAUCUUUACUGUUAUCAUCAUUUGCGAUACAACCUUAGUCGAAAGUAUAAGAACAAAGGAGGGGAAAUUGUUGUUGCUGAUGUGUUACAAAAAUUCUUUAAAGUGGCUUAUGCAUCGACUGAGAAGUCUUUCUACUUUCAUUUAAAAAAUUUGAGAGAUGAGGGUGGUGCUACUAUUAUUGAUGAAUUCAUAAGGGAGAUUCCAUUGGAACAUUGGUGCCGUGCUUUUUUUAAAGGUUGUCGGUAUGGGAUUAUGGCAAAUGGUAUUGCUGAAUCCUUUAAUAACUGGAUUGUUGCUGAGCGUUCACUGCCCCUUUUCGCUAUGUUAGAUCAAACAAGAAUGAUAGAAAUGAAGAUGAUGUCAGAAAAGAGUGUUAAGUCGAAAUCUUGGACUACCAAGCUUACUCCUAAAAUGGAGAAGAGGCUGAAAGAGCAGCUUGAUAGGUCUCGUGUGUUCAGGCUGAUUGCUUCCCAUGAAAAUGUUUAUGAGUGGCAGAUUAAUUGCUUCCCAUGCGCUCAUGCACUUGCUGCUAUACAAGGUGCAAGACUUGAUGUGUAUGAUUUCAUUGAUCCUUAUUUUACUGCUGAAUACUAUAGGAUGUGUUAUAGCUUUCCUAUUGCACCUCUGAGUAACGUGGAUGCCUUUUGUUCUUCCACUGAGGACUUUAUACUACAUCCUGUUACAAAGAGGCCGGCUGGGAGACCUAAAUCAAAGAGGAUAGCAUCUGCUGGUGAGAAGAAGCUGAUUCGAUGCGGUCGCUGUAAUAAGAUGGGCCAUCAUAACAAGAAGAGCUGUACGAAACCUUUGAACAUGUUGUUGUAG